UGGAUGUUGCGCCUUACAGGACGUUCGAGUCCCGUGACCUUGAACAGAACAUAACAUUUGAAGAGACUAUGAUAGCCAGACAGCGGAGAGAGAGACUCAAUAGGAUACAUGAUAUAAGACCACUUAGAGCGCUCCUUUGCUGCACAAACCCCAACGUCCAGAUUAUCUGGCCACAUGACGGUGGGGAGCUUGCCAUUCGCCUUGGUCUGAGGCUGAAACUCACCACGACAGAUCAGAACCAGCGCAUGUCUCCUUGUGUUCGCCCAUGCUCGCUUCUAAAUACAACGCUUCAUCGAGCAUGGCUACUUCUCCAUGUCAUUGAAUCUCCUCUUGCGAAGUCGUCGAGUUGUGUGGGACCGCUCAGCGAUCAGGUUGCCCCACGAAACGAGAUCGCGCCGGCACCUCGCGUGCCACGCACCGCCUUGAAAAUCGGCCUCCUGGACAAGAAUAACGUCAUCACUUCAUAUAUGCGCUACACCAUGGAUUUCGGUCUGUUUUCGAUAAUUAAACUCAUAGUAGUUUCGUUCUUCAAAUCAUACACACAAAUGAUCUAUACACCUCUGACUUGAACAUCUAUCUAGGUUCCUUAUGUCAUAGCAUCCAAAGGA